UUUCCAUUAUGGCCGUUCAGAGAAAAUGUGACUUUUGCUAAAUCUAUAAAAUCACAAUAUCUUUAGUAAAAUAACAGAAUAAUGGCAUCAGAUGAAAGUUCACUAAGAGCUUUAGAAGCAUUAAUGACAGAAUUCUUUGAUGGUAGAACAAGUAAUGAAAGAAAGAGAGAAAUUGAAGCCUUGUUGAAUAACUUCGGACAGACAAAGGAAUCGUGGAAGCAUUGUCUAUAUUUUAUGUCAAAAACACAGAAUGAAUAUGUUAUCAUGUUUUGUCUGAGUUUACUUGAGAAUGCAGUAAACAGACAAUGGUUGGGAUUUGAUGGUAGUGAUAAAAUGGAACUAAGGAAUACUUUAAACCGUUUCUUGUUAGAACAACACUCAAUUGUUCCUUCUUACAUAAGGAAUAAACUUGUAAAACUAGUUGUUGAUAUUGGUAGAAUUGACUGGCCUCAUUUUUAUCCUGAUUUUUUCCCAAGCAUACUACAGUUAGUACAACAAACAGAAACAGUAACAUUAGGUGUAUUAUUAUUACAAACAUCAUCAGAAGAACUAGCAGCACCAAGAGAAGAUUUAAGUAUGGCUAGAAAGGAAGAAUUACAUAGACUGUUAUUAUUACAAGUACCAACUGUUCUUGGUCUAUUAAAUAGUAUCUUAGAAUCAGUUCUUGAGAAAAAUCGUCACUUGGUAGCAGCAACUCCACCACCCUCACCCACACAUGGUGAAAGUACUUCUCAUCGUAAAUCUUCACUUUUAUUAUUUUCAACAUCUCCAUCGAGAUCUGAUAUGUCCAGUAUGUUUAAAAGUCCUGGUAGAGGUGUACAACUUGAAGCCUUACCACCAUUAGAUGACGAAUCUAAACAAUUGUGUUCACUAGUUUUAAACUGUUUAGCUCACUUUUUUAGUUGGAUUCCUCUAUCCACAACCAUCACACCACAACUUUUAAGCACCAUCUUCCAUUUUGCGGGAUUUGGAUGUGAAGUGAGAAAUGUUCGUGCCUCGAGUCCCAAUUCUUCCUUUAGUGGUAAUACCCAGUUUUUAGGUGUAUUGGCCAUGAACUGCAUCAAUGAACUGUUAGCCAAAAACUGUGUACCUCAAGAAUUUGAGGAUUUCCUAGUGCAAAUGUUCCAGCAGACAUUUUCGUUAUUACAGAAAUUAACAAAAGAUAGUACAAGUAAUUCUAGUGGUAAUCGAUUAGAGGAAUCGGAUGAAAGUUAUGUAGAAAAAUUUACCGAUUUUUUGCAGUUAUUUGUUAGUGUGCAUUUACGAAGGUUUGAAAACAAUUCCAAGUUUCCUAUUCUUGAGUUUCUAUCCCUACUAUUUAAGUAUACCUUUAGACAGCCAAGUCAUGAAGGAUAUUAUCAUUGUUUAGAUAUAUGGAAUACAUUUCUAGACUUUCUAGUAACUAAAUUAGGCGAAAGGUCAUCUGACGAGGAAUCUGUUAUAGGCAGAUACAAAGCAGCUCUGACAUCACUAGUGUCCCAUAUAUUACAGAAAUUACAGUUCCGUUAUAACCAAUCACAAUUAGAGGAAUUAGAUGAUGAUAUUUUAGAUGAUAAUUCUGAAACUGAGUGGCAACAGUUUUUACGUCAUUCCUUAGAAGUUGUAGCUAAAGUGGCUGAACUACUUCCAGCAGAAACUUUUCAACUUAUUUGGGAACCAUUUAAUGAAGCUGUAACAAUCUACGCUGAAUUAGGUCAGUUUGUGACCAAUGGUAACCAAGGUAGAAGAUUAACUAUAACUGGAGAGAAUGAAUGUCGACGUUUACACUGUACCCUACGAGAUCUCUCCUCAUUAUUUCAAGCAUCAGGUCGUCUUGCCGAACAUUUUAUAGGAGAAAAAUUUGCCGAACGUUCAUCUAUAUCACAAAGCUUAGUAGAGAGAUUAAUAUCAGCAUCAGCUGUAGGUAGUAAUAAUAAACUAUUUGAUGUGGAAUCUACAGCACAGACAGUAUUACAACCUGAUUUUAUACAAGUACAUGCUCAAGCACUAGCAGCCACUAAAGCCUACUCCCAUUGGUUAGUUCAAUUUUACGUUCAAACACAGAAGCUGCAAGAGCGUAAUCAGCCAUUUUAUAAUGUGAUAAAUACAAUCCUGACAUCCGUCUGUUCUAUGAUUAAUAAACAGAUACCUGAGAAAAUAGUGCAUUCUGCCGCCCAUCUGUUAUUAUCUAUAACAACUACUGUCCGUCCAUGUUUUUUACUACAAGUACCUUGUAUGACAACAUUAUAUACUGCUGCUGGUCAAGGUUCUUUUUCUCAACUUUCACAAGACGUACAGUUAUUAGUAUAUAGAUCACUGUCCCAUUAUUUAUUAUUACCCUGGUUAAAUAUACCUGAUUCUCAACAAGACUGGGAUAACAGAGCUAAUAUACAUCAAAACUUAGUUAAUCAAUUAACUUUAGAAUAUCUACAACUUAAAGAUACUAGAACAUUAGCCGAAAACAAGAUUUUACAAGAAAAAGCUGUACCAGUGAUAAAACAGACAUUAUCUAUGUUAGAAGAUUGGAUAGAAGCUAUAGCUGGUGAAGUAGUAAAGAGUAAGAAGAUCUGUUUUCAGUCGUUACAAUCUGUAACACAUGUAACAUUAACUAUAUUUCCUGUUUAUAUACAACAAACAGGUGUGGUAGAGAGUAUAAUGAGUUUUUUUCUAGCAUUAUUUCAAGGUGUUCGUGUACAGAUGGGUGUACCCUUUACACAACAAGUUAUACAGACAUUUAUCAAUCUAUUUACUAAAGAACAUUUAUCACAGACAAUUAAUCAAGAAAGUUCUUCAGCAUUUCGUGUUAUAGAGAGAUUUUUGAAGAUUUUGUCAUUAAUUGUCCAAGAGCCAGGUUCACAGUUUAAAUCAUUUCUUCCACAGAUUAUAACUAUAUGUAUGGAUCAGAUCUAUCCACUGAUAGCACCAAGGCCAUCACCAGAUAUAAAAUUGGUGUUAUAUACUUUACUCCAUGAAAUUAUUGCCAACAACUGGCGCUACUUCUUUAAAGGAUCUGUUAUCUCAAAACUACAAAAACAAUCAGAAGAAAUAGAAAAUGGUGAUAAAUUUAUUAACAUUAUGCAGGCUUAUGGUCAAUCUUUCUUACAACCAGAUAUAACAAUAUUUAAACAGAAUUUAGAAUCUCUAGAAAUUCUUAAUGCUAAAUGGAAGCUGUAUAACAAGUCAAUAUUUAAAGAGAUGAUGUUAUCCCAGUUUUUAAAUGUGUUAAUACAGACAUUAGUUGUUAAAUCUCACGAUUUAUUACAAGAAGAAAUAGUUAUAACUGUGUAUAAUAUGGCUUCUGUCGACUUUGAAGGCUUUUAUACAGGAUUUCUGCCUCACUUUUUAAACACUUGUAAUGGGCUAGAUGUUAAUCAAAAAACAAUAUUAAGUCAUAACUUUAAGAUAGACAAGGAUUUACCAACUUUUACCCAGAAUGUUCAUAGACUUGUGAAUGAUGUAAGAUAUUAUCGCUUAGUUAAUAAUUGUUUACCAGCCGGAUCUGUAACAUUCUGAACCUAGUCUAGAUCCAACACUUACUAAACAUAAUAUCAGUAUUCACUGUUUAAAGAUGCAGUCCCAGAAUUCAUAUAUCAGGCUCCACUAAUGAAAGAAACAUUUACACAUGCAUAAGGAAAAUUUUGCCCACCAGCAUGUACAUGGCCGAAAAUUUUCUGCCCAUUCCAAACAACUAAACAUUGUUCCUUGCCUGGCCCUCUAUCAUGUCCCUCUGACAAGGAGAAACCACACAAAAAUUUCAGAGGAACAUUGUCUGCAAACAACCGGAUCGAAAUACGGGCAUCCAGGUUAGUGAACCAUCGCUUUACUCUAAAAUUUAUAUACAGCUUGAUAUAACACACUGAUCAAUGACUUGUUUUUAGUUUUACCUAUUUAAUGAUAGUGCUAUUAAUGUUGUGUCCUGUUUUAUUUGUAUCAGAAAUACAGUUCUCAUAAAGUAAUACUCAAUAAGAAUGUGUCUUGGUGUUUAAAAGCGAUUGUCCUUCUUAUUGUAAUAUUUUAUUAGUAAAUGAAUAUGUGUAUAUCUGUUGAGAGUUUGCUGUUUAUAACAAGUCUGUAAUUUCAUGUAUCUUGGAGAGUGUAUUAAUUUGUGCUUAAAACAUACAUGUAUGUUCCCAAUUAGUUGUAUAAUGCAACCAAUUCAAACAAUAUUUGGACUAAUAGUAAUUAGUCAGCUCACAAUAAAUAAAAUGGCAAAAAGCUUCUAUCAUGUUUACUGCAAGUUUGGCAGAUGACUGAUCAUUAAAAGGAAUGGGCUAUAGUUUGUGUAGUGUAGGUACAACUGCAGACCACAACACUCUUCACUUUUAUCAUUAUUAUAUCUAUUACUUAUAAUUGCAGUAUUUUUAUACGCCCACAAUUUUCAUCUGGACGUAUAUUGUCAUCCCCCCUGUCCGUCCGUCCACAAUUGUUUGUGAACACUCUACAGGUCACAAUUUUUAUCUGAUUUCAAUGAAACUUAAAAUGUUAUAGGUUUAUCACCCUAAGUUCUCGGUUCCUUUCGAUAUUGGCAUGUAUCAGACUAUAACUUCGUGGAUUAUGGUCCUUGAUUGUACGAAAAAUCAUGUUUUUAGCUUGUGAACACUGUAGAGGUCACAGUUUUUAUCCGAUUUGGUUUAAUGUAUGGUUAUAACCCACAGAUAUCGGUUCCUUUCGAUAUUCGCACAUAUCGUACCAUAACUUAAUGAAUUAUGGCCCCUGAUUGUACGAAAAAUGGCGUUUUUAGCUUGUGGACCCCAUAGAGGUCACAAUUUUUAUCCGAUUUAAAAAAAAAAAACGUUACAAUAUAUCACCGUUACACCCUAAGGGUGGUUGAGUUCGAAUUUCAUAAAAAUCGGACCGAAACUGACGGACAAAAUGGCUGCCCCCUCGUUCUCAAUUAGUGUCAAAAUAUUGUGUAUCAGGGUUGUGGACCCUCUGGAGGUCACAAUUUUCAUCUGAUUUUGAUGAAACUUGAAAUGAAUGUUUAUAACCCACAGAUCUCGGUUCCUUUCAAUAUUCGCGCAUAUCGGAUUGCAACUUCCUGAAUUAUGUCCUCUGAUUGUACGCAAAAUCGCGUUUUCAGCUUGUGGUCCCUCUAGAGGUCACAAUUAUUAUUCGAUUUAAAAAAAAACAUUCAAAUAUAUCACUGUUACUCCGUAAUGUUUGUUGAGUUCAGAUUUCGUGAAAAUCAGGCCAAAACUGCCGGACAAAAAGGCCGCCCCUCGUAUGCAAAUAGUGUAAACAUCUGGUAAAUCAAGGUUGUGGACACUCUAGAGGGUCACAAUUCGUCAAUAGGCAGACGAAGUGACUUAUCGUCAAUAGGUUACGGUAGGAAGAUAAGUCACUUCGUCUGCCUAUUGACGAAUUUUAAUCCGAUUUCAAUGAAACUUGAAAUACAUGUUUAUAACCAAAAGAUAUUGGUUCCUUUCGAUAUUCGUCUAUAUCGGAUCAUAACUUCCUGAAUUAUGGCCCUUGAUUGAACAAAAAAUCACGUUUUUAGCUUGUGGUCCCUGUAGAGGUCACUAUUUUUAUCCAAUUUAAAAAAAAACGUGUGAAUAUAUCACCAUUACACACUAAGAUCUUGGUUCCUUUUGAUUGUUCGAAAAGUCGCAUUUUUAGCUUGCGGAUUCUCUAGAGGUCACAAUUUUUUUCCGAUUUUAAAAACCGUUUAAAUACAUCACCAUUCCACCAUAAUGAAGGUUGAAUUCUUAUUUCGGGAAAAUCGAACUGAAACUGCUCGACAAAAUGGCCGCUCUUUGUACGCAAAUUGUUUAGAAGUGUGUAAUUCGAAGGUUGUGGACCCUCUUGAGGUCCCAAUUUUUAUCCGAUUUUGAUGAAACUUAGAAGAUAUCUUUAUAUCCCAAAGAUCUCUGUCCCUUUUGAUAUUUGCACAUUUCAGACCAUAACUUUCUGGAUUAUUGCCCCUCGUACAAAAAAUCACGUUUGUUUUUAGCUUGUUCUCUAUCCAUCUUUUGCAAAAUGUGGGCGUAUCCUGCCUGGCAGCCGCUGGUUAGAUUUGAAAUUGAAUAGAAUUUUCCAGUCAUAAGCGGUAAGAGUUGUUCUUUUCAGCAACAAAGAUUGUUUUCCUACUAUUCUCACUGAUAAAGACCCCUAUCAACAAGCCAUAUUAGUCCCAAAAUAACCUAGUUUGUGUCAGGUGGACAUAAAACCCCAUCUCUCUCUCUCUCUCUCUCUCUCUCUCUCUCUAAUUAUGGUUAUAUGUAAAUAGGAGUUCAAGCAUGAAAUAAAUAUAAGUCAUAUUUAAAGUAGGAGUAACAUUAAAUAUUGAUAAUAUUAUAAAAUUAAAAUCUUAUAAUUAUCUAUCUAUAUAUAUAUUUGUGACUGUCGUUUGUCUGUCUGUCUGUCUGUUCGGGGUUGGCGGCUAAACUAGGUCUGCCCCGAGUCUGAAAUUUGGGGUAUAGGGGUAGCUCGGACCGGGGAGUAACAUAGGCCAGGUGGCGUUAGUCUACCACUUCCGGUUUCGGAGUUAUGACCCCCGAGCGAAGCCGGGUAUCUGUCUGUCUGUUCGGGGUUGGCGGCUACACUAGGUCUGCCCCGAGGCUGAAAUUUGGGGUAAAGGGGUAGCUCGGACCGGGGAGUAACAUAGGCCAGGUGGCGUUAGUCUACCACUUCCGGUUUCGGAGUUAUGACCCCCUGACCGAAGCCGGUCUGUUCGGGGUUGGCGGCUACACUAGGUCUGCCCCGAGUCUGAAAUUUGGGGUAUAGGGGUAGCUCGGACCGGGGAGUAACAUAGGCCAGGUGGCGUUAGUCUACCACUUCCGGUUUCGGAGUUAUGACCCCCGAGCGAAGCCGGUCUGUUCGGGGUUGGCGGCUACACUAAGUCUGCCCCGAGUCUGAAAUUUGGGGUAUAGAGGUAGCUCGGACCGAGGAGUAACAUAGGCCAGGUGGCGUUAGUCUACUACUUCCGGUUUCGGAGUUAUGACCCCCGAGCGAAGCCGGUCUGUUCGGGGUUGGCGGCUACACUAGGUCUGCCCCGAGUCUGAAAUUUGGGGUAUAGAGGUAGCUCGGACCGGGGAGUAACAUAGGCCAGGUGGCGUUAGUCUACCACAUCCGGUUUCGGAGUUAUGACCCCCGAGCGAAGCCGGGUAUCCUGCUAGUAUAGAUAUAUUUAAUAUAAAUAUUGUAUAUCAUGUGGCAUUAUAUAAAAUUGUGUGAAUCUAGUCAUGGAUUUAUAUAUUUACCAAUAAUCUUUAUUAUGGAACUUUAGCAGAUAUUUUGGAUAUGAAAAUAAUUCGGGACUUCAAGAGUGGCUACUAUUUUGGUCUGUAGACAGGGAAUCAGUAACUUUUCUUAAAGUAUGAGGGACUUAAGUUAUUGCAUCCAAAUCCAAUUCUAUGUAAAUUGCUCUUCUUCCAGCAUCCAGAUCUUUUCUUUAGGGCAGAAUUGUACAUUUAUCCAAUUCUUUAAGGAUGUAAAACUACUCCCUUGAUAUUUGACAUGUAAACAUUCUAUACUAUUAAUAUUAUAAAUAUUAUAUUCUGCCAUUGUUUAUUUGAAAAGUGCUUUAAGUAUAUUUGUUAUAUUAUAUUGUUGAUAUGCAUGAACAUAAAUUAUAUAAUAUUGCUGCAUAUAAAAAUAUUUUAAAAUA